AUGGAGUUCUUCCGGCAGGCGUGCACGCGGCCGCGCGUCUUCAACGAGAGCUACGUCCGGUGCCAUCAGAACCAAGGGCUCAAGCUCGUGCGGUACACUCCUCCGUCGCUGGCGUGUCGGCUUGAGGUGUGCGUAGCUGCUUUCCGCACUGCAGCCCCGAGUGCUGCCCACACAGCGGUAGCCGCGGCUGCGGUGCACCCGUGA